CUAAAAGUGAGUUUGUUAAAUCAAUUGGUUGAUUGAAUAAAUUGACAUGAAAGAAAUGUUAAUAACAAUUGUGCUUCUUGUUUAAUGAUAAAUUGUUUAGUAUUUUAUUCAUUAUAAUCAAGUGUUCAAUUGAAAUAUGUUGGAACUUUAAAAGUCCAUUAAUCUAUUGAUUCUGAUCGAAGAUGCUUUUUCUAUCAAAUGGACACAAUCAGACAUUCGCCUCAAGUUGUGGCUUUGAAAAUCGCGGCUCAUUUUCUCUGUUUAUGGUUAGAUUUCUGGUUCUUGAUCAAAGAGUAAUUUAAAUCUUAUUGCUCUUUGUUCUUGAUUGUUGGUUUAAAGUUACAUAGUUAGUCAUUUGGGUUAUCUGAAAGACCCACUGAUUGGAUUAGUAAUUGUCUUCAAUUACGCUGUAGACUUUCUUUGUCAUUGUUUGAUUCUUUUUCAUCAUGUCUUCCCGUUUAAUCAACUUGUGUCGAGAAAUUAAAGGUUUGCCUUCAUCUAAUUCGGUGGUGAUUGACAAUUUGAUCAACAUCUUCACAAAAUAUGGUUCAACUGGAAAUGCUGUAUCAGCUUCGUUACUUCCUAUUGGAUCUUCAUCAAUAAACUACAAUUUAAGAGUAAACUAUAGUCAAGUUGAUUUGAUUUCUGUUGAAAAGAAACAAUUUUUUUCUGAUUAUAUUGUUAAUCUGCAAGGUGACGAUCUGGUCAAUUCUAUUACUCAUGUUUCUAGUGGUCAAGGUGUGGCAAGUGAACUUUGUCGCAUUUCAACUUUCGAUGGUAAAUUGACAGCGAUUGUCCGUGACACCAGCAAAGAUGGGAAAAGUGGUCAAGUCAUCGAAUUUUGGUCAAAAAAAGGUCUACUCAAGACUUUGGAUGGAGGAAAAGAUAAGAGUUUUGGUACAAUUCAUUUGUUUGAGACAUUUGGUUCUCCAAAAUGGUCUCGUGAUGGAGCUAAAUUGAUGUUUAUCGCUGAAAAAUUUAAAACAACAAGUGGAUUUUUCGGUGAUAAGAAAAAAAGUGAUGAUAAAAAUGGCGACAAGGAAAUAAGUGAAGGUGAAGAUGUGAAAACCACCGGUCAAGGUGAUGAAUAUCUAAUCAAGGAGGAUUGGGGUGAACAACUCGAGGGAACUUGUCAUCCGAUGGUCUAUAUAGUUGAUCUUAACGAUGAUUACAAGAUACGGACCAUUGACAUACCCGAUGUAUCUUGCAGCGAAGGUUUCUGGAUCGACAAUAAAACUAUUGGAUUCGUCGGGAUAAAAGAGGAACCUCGUCGAUUAGGUCUCAUUUUCUGUCCAAUUAGAAAAUCAUGUCUCUACAAAUGUGACUUACGUGAUCCCGAAUCAGAUCCUGUCAUCAUUUUCGGCGGAAACUUUGAUCAAUCAGUAAGAAGCCCUCGAGUCAGUAAUGAUUCAAGCAAGAUUGUUUUCUUGGUCAAUCCAUCUUCAGGUCCACAUUUUGGUGCAUCAUCAUUGACCCUUCUCAAUUUGAAAGAUGGACAAGUCAAAACUCUGAUCGAUGUCGGAAGUUCACAACUUAAUGAACCCGAUGCACCAACGACUUUCGAAACAUUUUAUUCCCUUUAUUUACCUAAAAGGUGUUGGACAUCAGAUGAUAAGAAAAUAAUCGUCAACCCAGAACUUGUUUAUCGAGCUCAUAUUUUCUUGGUUGAUGCAGAAAAUGGUCAAAGACAACUCAUUCCAGUCGAAGGGGGUCAAGUAGUUUCCAUUUUAGAUUUUCGUGAUGAUAUAAUUGUUCUCAAUUUAACUCAACCGAAUAUGGGAUCUAAUAUAAAGAUUGGUAAAUUGAAGAACAAUCAAAUAACCCAAUUAACAUCAGUCGAUCCCGAUUUGGUGGUGAGACGAGAUGAAAUUGACUUCAGAUGUGACAAGAUAUUGAAAAGCGAUUCAACUAAUGGCCAACAAUUAAUCACUUGUAUUCUCAUCGGACCCAAAGAAUCUUUCGGCAAACCCACCCCGACUAUAUUAAUUCCUCAUGGUGGACCCCAUAGCUCAUUCGUUGCCACUUACAUGCCAAGAGUUGCAAUUAUGGCUGAGGUUGGAUUCAAAGUGAUUUUGGUUAAUUACAGAGGAUCUGUAGGAAUAAAUUCAGCUCACGAUAAAAUUUUAUGUGGUAAAGUUGGUGAAUUAGACGUUGCCGAUUGUAUGGAAGCCUUAAAUUAUUACAUUGAUCGGAAAGAAGUCGAUAAAAAUCAAGUCUGUUUAUAUGGUGGUAGUCAUGGUGGUUUCUUGGUUACACAUUUGAUUGGUCAACAUAGCGAAUUUGGUUUUCGUGCUUGUUGUCCCCUCAAUCCCGUUACUGAUCUUGCCGCCGGUUUCUCAACAUCAGAUAUCCCUGAUUGGCAUUUAGUUGAAGGUGUUGGCUCACUGGAAUCUUACCCACUGACCACUUUACCUUCAUCAGAUCUUUUGUCAAAUCUUAUGCUCAGAUCUCCAAUUGUCCACAUCGAUAAAGUCAAAACGCCAGUCCUAAUGGUCCUUGGUACCAAAGAUAAACGAGUUGCUAUGUGCCAAGGUUUAGCUUAUUACUAUGGACUAAAAGCCCGUGGAGUGGCCACAAAGUGCCUUGUAUAUGAAGACAAUCACAGUAUUGGCAAAACAUCUCAUGGUUUAGACGUUGAGAUGAAUUGUCUUCUCUGGCUCCUUGAUCAUCUUUCGCCAAAACAGUAAAUCUGUUUCAAAGACAACACAAACUUUAUUAAUUGCUUAAUGUAAUAUUUUCAUCUUCAGAAUCAGUUGUUACAGUUUUUGAUAAUUAAUUUUCUCAACAUCUACUUUUUUAAUAUAUUGUCAGUAUAUUGUCAUUGUAGUAAAUAUGAUUACAAUCGGAGUAUUCAAUGAAUUGAAUCAAAAAUUAA